AUGCCUGCUCUGCCAUCUUUUCCACGGCGGCUGAUUGGUGAGCUUACCAAUACCCCAGCCCUUGCCGCCUCUUCGUCGCUUCCAACAAGAGCCAUCGAUGGCGACGCCGCCACCCUCGUCGCUCGCCAGCAAGAGACGCCUACCUUCGUCGUCAUCCCCGAGACGUACAAUGCGACUCACAGCUCCCUCUCAACCGGCGCCAUCGUCGGCGUCGUUAUCGGCUCCGCCGCCGGCUUCAUCCUGCUGCUGAUGAUCUUGUACACCAUUCUCGGCUUCGGCCCGUUCUCCGGCCUCUUCCGCACCAAGGAAGUGGUCGAGACCAAAUCAUACGUCUCACGCAGUAUGCUGAGUUCGGCACGCCCAAAGACCAAGAAACCCAGGAGGAAAGUGCCCACCAUGCGUGCCGCCGAUAUCCUGUCGAUCCGACGAGAGCGCACGACAAGGACGACCAAGCGCAGGACUGAGAGGAGAGGGAAAGCACCCGAAAUAGUUGAGCCCAUGAGAAGAAAGAGGGAGCCGUCGCCACUAACCACCAUCACUUCUUCAUCCUCUGGCGCGCCCGGCCGAGCACCGAGGGACCACCUGCCCUCCGACUACGACGAGGAAAACGAAGUGGUGGUCAUUGAGGAAACUACGCCGUCUUCAAGACGGCAUAGCCGUAAAGCUGGUCCUUCCAGGGACACGGGCAAGGGGAGACGAUCAAGCAGCCGGAGGUCUGGCUACAGUGAAGACGAUGACAGGAGAUACCGCCGCUAA